AUGAAGGCAAACCUUGAUCAUGAGAAGAAAAACAGGAGGCGGCUGGAGCUGAUUAACAUGAAGCUCGUCAAUGAGCUGAAGGAGACCAAGAUGUCAGCAAACCAGCUGGUGCAAGAGUAUGAUGAGGAGAGGAAGACUCGGGAGCUCACCGAGGAGGUGUGCAACGAGCUAGCAAGGGAGGUGGAGGAAGACAAAGCCGAGAUCGAGGCCUUGAAACAUGACAUCCAGAAGCUGCGAGAGGAGGUGGAUGAGGAGCGGAAGAUGCUGCAGAUGGCUGAGGUGUGGCGCGAAGAACGGGUGCAGAUGAAGCUUGUUGAUGCAAAACUCACUUUGGAUGCCAAAUACACAGAAUUGAGCAGACUGCAGCAGGAUGUUGAGGCCUUUGUUGCUGGAUGCAGUUCUGCUAGGGGAGACAUCACGGUAGUGGAACAAGCGGAGAACAUUAUACAUGCGAUCAGGUCAGUCAGAGCACAGGGUGUUGAAUUCAGGUAUGAGCCGCCAGCAGAGUCAGAAGACAUAUUUUCAAUUUUUGAAGAGCUUCGUCGAUCAACAAGAUCUUCGACGGGAGCAUCUCCUGGACGAGCAGAAACGAUUUCGAGUACGGGGAGAUCGAGAAGCUGA